AUGAACCUUGGAGAUUUGCUCAAUACCCUGCCGCCUGACGACAGCUGCUUGAGCAACGACGUUGACCCCUUGAGCAACACCAUUGCCCCGGAACUAGCCUUAAUGGAGGAUUUUGCAUGCAUGAGCCUAGAGGAGGAUCACCCUCAUUCAAAGCACUGUAAGUCUAUUUACUUGGCAGGUAAUGGAGUUCAGAACAAGUCGGAGCUUGAGGACAUGAUCAAGACCCGCAAUGUAGCAGACAAGGAGCUUAAGGAACAUGAAGACGUUUUGGGAGCUACUGAAGAGGAAACACUUGAAGAUCUUCACCAAGUCAACUCUCAAGGCACUGAAGAGGAAGACUUCAUCAUUGGACCAGCAAGGAGUGGACCCGGACCAGACAAGCUCUACUCAACACCACCUCAGCUCAACUCGCGCCAAAAGCAGAGAUCCUUCCAUCAUCUCUGUGGUGCCAUCGAUCCACCUUCGACAUCCCCUUUUCGUUCAUACAAGAGAGAGCGUGAUAGCCAGCUUGUUGAACACCGCCUCGAUUCAAGUCUUGUGGAAUCAAGCCUUGUCUUACCAUCCUCACCCAUUGAUCUAAAGGAGAGAGCGUUAAAGCCAGCCUUCAGAUCCCAUCAAUCCAUCACAUGCCAUCAGAUCUAA